AUGCCUCGGGGGAGGCGCGGCGGCCGGGUGAGCGCCUGGGAGGGCGGCCUGGAGGAAGAGGCGCCCCAGGCGGCGGCCGCGGUGCCCCCCGCGCUGUGGGCGUCCCAACUGCAGCCGGAGGCAGCCGGGCAGAUCCUGCUCCGUGGCAUCUUCGAGAUCGGGAGGAGCAGCUGUGACGUGGUGCUGAGUGAGCGGGCCCUCAGGUGGUGGCCCAUCACACCCGAGCGCCCCGCGGGUGACUCCAAGUAUGAUAUUCUACAUAAAGAAGAAUUUAUUGAAGUGAAGGAUAUAUUCUCUGUCAAACUGAAACGACGUUAUUCUGCUAAACAGCAGGGAAGUGGUACUUUAUUAGGUAUCACACUCUUCAUAUGUUUGAAAAAGGAACAAAAUAAAUUAAAAGAUUCUAUGCUUGAUCUUAUUAAUUUAAGUGAAGACCACUGUGAUGUGUGGUUUAAACAGUUCAAGAAAAUUUUGGCAGGUUUUUCAAAUAGACCAAAGUCAUUAAAAAUAAUUCUUAACCCCCAAAGCCACAAAAAAGAAGCGACCCAGGUCUAUUAUGAGAAGGUAGAACCGCUGUUGAGGACUGCAGGAAUAAAGACUGACUUAACGAUAACAGAAUAUGAAGGGCACGCCCUGUCACUGUUAAAGGAAUGUGAACUCCAGGAAUUUGACGGUGUUGUCUGUGUAGGUGGCGACGGAUCUGCCAGUGAAGUCGUCCAUGCAUUGCUUCUUAGAGCCCAGAAGGAUGCUGGGAAAGAAACAGACCACAUCCUCACCCCUGUCUGCGCAGAGCUCCCACUGGGCUUAAUACCAGCAGGCUCUACCAAUGUACUGGCGCAUUCUCUCCAUGGAAUCCCUCAUGUGGUGACUGCAACUUUGCACAUUAUAAUGGGGCACAUACAGCCGGUCGAUGUCUGUACCUUCAGCACUACCGGCAAGCUUCUCCGCUUUGGGUUCUCAGCCAUGUUUGGCUUUGGUGGAAGGACUUUGGCUCUGGCGGAGAAACAUCGAUGGAUGUCACCCAACCAACGAAGGGAUUUUGCUGUAAUUAAGGCACUGGCAAAACUUAAGCCUGAAGACUGUGAAAUAUCAUUUUUACCAUUUAUGAGCUCUCAGGAUUUACAAGGAAGGAAGGUGGAAGGAUCUCCCAAAUCUGAGUGCAAUGAUCGGUGGCAAACAAUCCAGGGUCAGAUCCUGAAUAUCAGCAUUAUGGCAAUCCCUUGCCUGUGUUCAGUGGCACCUAGAGGCUUGGCACCUAAUACCAGAUUAAAUAACGGAAGCAUGGCUCUUAUAAUUGCUCGAAAUACUUCUCGGCCAGAAUUUAUAAAACACCUAAAAAGAUAUGCCAGUGUCAAAAAUCAGUUCAAUUUUCCAUUUGUUGAGACUUACACUGUUGAAGAGGUUAAAAUCCGCCCGAGGACUAAUAGCACACCUAGUCUGGAGGAGAACGAAUGGCAAGCAACUGCUUCAGAAAACAGUUUCCCUUGGAAUGUUGACGGUGAUUUAGUGGAAGUUGCAUCAGAGGUCCAUGUUAAAUUACACCCAAGACUUAUCAAUCUUUAUGGAGGAAGCAUGGAAGAAAUGAAUGAUUCCAAAGUUAACUGCAAUUGUUUAUAAAUGUACAAAAUAGAAUUUUAAUGUGAAGGAAUGUGGCCAUUUUUAAAACAUGCUAAUAGGAAACCCAAUUCUUAUUUUUUAAAAUGAAAAUUGCUAAUUUUUGUUACCAAAAAUUAGCUUCUAGAGCUUAAAAAAUUAAGAUAGGAAAUAUAACCAUUUAAAUUCUGGGUUUUGGAAAGUAUUAGAAUGGAAACUAUUUCAUAUGCUUAAAGCAUCUAAAUUAUUUUACUUUGGAGUUACUGAUCUUUCAGGAUGAUUGUUUUAACUUUUCAGGAUUUGAGUCCAUCAGUCCUGACAUGAGGUUUCCUAUAGUCUGGUACAGGUGGACAGAACGUCACAUAAGGACACCCUGAUGAGGUGCUAAUCUAGAUUUUUUUGCCAAAAGAAAAAAAAAAUUCAGUUGUUAUGGUACCAAUUUUGUGACAUAUUCCCUGAAAGUUGAAAACUGUUCAUUUUCUUUAUAGUGAUUUAAAAUUGGUAAUACAGGCUCAAGUUUGUAACAAAUUUUAAACCACACAAAAUACCAAUCAUAGCACACUGGUUUCAGCGUACUCAGUAAUACCCAAAAUGCUAUCAUGUCUGAAUAAUGAGCCAAAUUUGAAUGGCCUCAGGGAUCAUCCUCCACCACUGAUCCCAGAUUCUUCUGAAAGAAUUUGCUUUUUAUAUAAUGAAAAAACAGAUCUUUUGCUUAUAUAAUAGUUUUAAAAGCUACUUUUUUAAGCUUACUACCAGUGGACAGUUCAGGAGGCUUCCUGCUCUGGGUGACUGGGUUUCACUCCUUGAAUGCUUUCCAUAACCUCUCUGGGGCCAGCAAUUACAGAAGGAGGGCUUGUGAAUGGAUAACUUCUAGGAAUUUCAGCUGUCUGAGAAAGACAGCUGGUGGCAGGGGCUUCAGCUAAAGAGAUUUUUUUCCCCUAAUAGAUAAAUUAGAGGGAAGUCUACAUGAUCACUUCCAAUAACAGAUUUUCAAAAUUUGGCCACAGCUUCCUUAUACAGAGAUUAUAAAGACAGAGAAUAAAUAAAUAAAUUCAGUUGAAAUUAUAGUCAGCUAUCAGCAUCUAGUUCAUACGCAUGACUAUUACAAAAAAGGAUUGUAUCUACAAAUGAAAAGGCAAUAUUCUACUUACCACUAAAACCUCUAUCAUGGAAUUCAUGUCACAUUUAUAUUCACUGAAAACAAGCUAAAUCGGUAAAGUUAAAUUUCUAAGUUUUGUUUCUCUAGUUCCAUGCAGAAGAGAAUGCUCUUAUAGACCUGAUAAAAACAUUUAAUACAUCUACUUGAAGAGAAAGAGUAACAUCUAAACAAGGAGGUACAUUUGCUUAAUUUGAUAGUCCAUAUUUUACACAGUAUCUAAUUUGUAUGAAAUACUGGCCUCUAAUCAGGCUUUUUGUAGAGUUUUGAUUUUUAAGAGUCAUUAGUGAGGCACAGUUUCCAUAUUUUACAUAUAUCAGUGUAUUAAUAUUUGAGAUAUCAGCUAAAGUGCAACAUUCACAAUCUGUUUCAGAAUAUAAAUUAGAAUUUUUAAGCUCUGUUUUCAUUAGCAAAAAAAUUUUCACUAAAAAUGGAUUUUAGAAAUUUACUCCUAGGUACCCAUAAUAAAAAUGUGUUCUAAGAGGACUAGCAGAUUUAUACUUUUAUAAACAUAUAUUCUUUUAAAAACUUAUGUGUAUAUACAGAGAAAAAAAAAAUCCAUAGCUGUAUAAACGAUUAUCCAGAAGUCAUCUUAUUAAGCUCAAACCAGUGUAUAAGUUCAUUCUGAAGUCUGCUCAUCAGGCCCAUAAUCCUGUGUAGUCUGCUGAAUAAAUGGUUGUUCAGAGCCCAUCAUGAAUGCAUUACAAAUAAAGGUCUUUAAAGAUAAAAUCCACUUUAAAACA